GCCUCUAUCCUACUCUAUGACUCUGUUCGAAGGCGGAAGGCUUCGGUAUGCUACUACUUCGUCAAUGAAUUUGGGAAAAGUUUGGCCGAUUCUAUUUCCACGGAGCUGCUUUUCAACGCUAUAAACUUUAUUCCAACCCGCGUCACAAUGGUGGUUAUUCCCUGGCUGUAGCGACGGAGGGGAUCCGGGAGAGGAUCCAGGAGGGGACCAUGGAGCAGCUGGAGACCCCUGUGAGCCCCGGCAGAGAUGACGUAUGGAGGCCUGCGAAUAUGAAGCGGAUGGCCUGGGCCCAUAGCAAAGAAUCCUGGCAGGGUCCUUCUGAUAGCGAGGAGGCUAAGGUCCAGGAGGGGUGCGGUGAAGAGGCCACCAUGGAGAAGACUGCCCCAACUGAGACAGGACGCAUCCCUAACAAGAUUGCAAGCUGGCUCAAGGAAUGCAGGACUCCUCUUGGGGCCUCCCUGGAUGAACAGAGCAACCCUCAGUCAAAGGGUGCCGUGAAGAAUGGAUGUAGCUUUGAAGACGACUUGUCUCUGGGAGCUGAGGCCAACCACCUUCGGCCCGACAGUGCCAAAGCGGAGACACCCUGCUAUGGAAUGCCUGCGAAGGACAAGAGGAGCCAGUUUCGACAGAAAGGCAGGAGCAUGAACUCGACGGGCUCGGGGAAGAGCAGCACCGUGUCCAGUGUGUCUGAGUUGUUGGACCUGUAUGAAGAGGACCCAGAGGAGAUCCUGUACAAUCUUGGGUUCGGACAGGAGGAGCCAGACAUUGCGUAUAAGAUACCCUCGCGCUUCUUCAACAGCACCUCCUCCGCUAAGGGCAUCGACAUAAAGGUUUACCUGGGAGCGCAGCUACAGCGCAUGGAGCUGGAGAACCCCAACUAUGCCCUGACAAGUCGUUUCCGUCAAAUCGAGGUCCUGACCACGGUGGCUAACGAGUUCUUCCAGCUCUACUCCCAGGUCUCGGGCCAGCCUGUCCAGAAGAUAUCCAGUGUGGACAGGGAACCCCCCGGUGUCACCUCUUCUUCCCCUCCUAAGAAGAAUCCGGCCCUAAACGUAGCCAGUAUUCUGAAAAGGACCCUCACCAAACACAACCUCCUAGGUGGGGGGGCUGAGGGAGUGUCUUCUACUACCACAGAGAAACCGGCAGAACAUGGAAGUCCGGCUACAGGGGACAGUCCUGUCAGUACUGACCCUGAUCACAAGGGGGAGCUCAAGCAGAAAGCCUUCAGGAAGAAGGACUCUCCUUGUCUAGCCACAGUGACUGAGGAGAGCGUGUCUGGGAGCAGCACCGAGGCCCCGCUGAGCAGCGGUGGAGACAUUCCCAGGUUAAAUGGAGACGGCCCGGUGCCUGAAGGAGAUGGGGAGGUUCGUGCUUCAAUCUCGGUCCACGUUUUCCCUGAGGAUGCCGUGGAUGGUGACCUGAGCCUGUCCAGUGAGACGGACCUGGGGUCCCGGGACAUUCAGGGGAAGGGCCAGCAAGUCACCACCUCAACCCCAGAUAAAGAACCCAACUGCAGCCUGCUUCCCAACCCUCACAUUGCUUUCCUCCGCACGCAGACCAAGGACUCCUUUGAGAUGGAAGAGGUCCAGAGUAAUGAGGAUGAUGCCUUACCCGGAACACGCAGCACAUCUAGAGCAGGCAGUGAGCACCUACUGAGAACAGCUAGCCAGCAGUCAGACAGUAGUGGGUUUGCAGAGGACCCCUCUACUGAUGGCUCCUCUAGUCAUCUGAAGGUGCAGGAAAGCUCUGACAGCUGUGACAGUGAAAACACUGUGACGUCCCACGCCGGGGAGGUGACAACUCCUCUGGCCCUGGAUCACCCUGCGUUCGACCGGCUGCAAGGUGUAGAGAAGGAGCUUCUGAUACCCUCCACCCCACGAAAAAAUCCAGAGGAGGUGAGGAGGAUCUCUGGUGAGGAGUUGCACCAGGAGGUGCCACUGUACUCCGUUCACCAGUUAUCUAGACCAAGUGAAAUUGGAUUGGACCAAGAAGAGCAGCCCGCUGAAGAGACUGACAAUCAAUCGACCACUGAAACUCUCUCCACUGUCAUGCCCAGUUUAGAAGGAGAUCCCGAUUCUGCCGUGGUAGGGCCUGGUUCUACGGAAGAUUCUAGCAGCGCAAGUGUUCUCGCCAGGGAGGAAGGUGUGCCUGACUGGUUGGACGCCAGCGGUAGACCCCCAAGCCCCAGCCCUAGCUGCCCCAGCCUGAGUGCCUCAGCCAGUGUCCUUGAGGCCCUUCACAGGGCCAAGAAGAUGGCCUCGUCCCCCGGGCUCCAGGACCCUUCGACCGGGGGGAGAGUGACAGCCAGGGGCCAGUUCAGGAGAAGAGCCCCGAUGAUAAGGUCCCAAUCUCUGCCUACAUCCUUCCUCAGCCCCUCCCGUGUGGUGUCCUCUGUCAGGAUCCAGUUUGGCCAGGGGACUGUGAAGCACUGCACCCCGCCGGUCUUCUCCUACCGCUACACCCCAGAGGAUGAGGACACGGAGGAAGUGGGCUCCGCCGUGGCGGAGGAGGUUGCCGAGGAUGAGGGUCAGAGGAGUGGCAGUUGCCGCACAAUGUUGAUCAUCAACAGAGAGGCCGAGCCAUCACCUAGCCCCGUGAUGCAUGGAGACGGGGAGCUGAGAAAGCCCCCUUACCCCCUGUCCAUCCCCCGCCACCUGACCCACUCAACCUGUUCACUGCACAGCCACAGCGGCCCUCCUGAGUGGGGGGAGAGACCGCUGGGGGAGCACCACCGUUCCUGGAGCACGUGGAGCGUGCCGAAUGUCACCCAGCGCAACCUGGCCCAGCAGAGCCACCCUGACCUGGCCCGGCACAGAAACCCUACUCCGCUCCCCGGCCGGCACGGCAGCCUGAACUCCAGCCUCACCCAGCGCAACCUGGCUCAGCACAACAACCCCGCCCUGUACCCCAGCCCGCUGCAUGGCAGCGUUCCCAACCUUGCGCAAUACCCGCAACACGGUCCCUCCCCACUCCACGGUAGCGUCCCCGACCUGUUCCCAUAUCAGGCCCCCACCCCGCCCCUGAUCGCCCACCAUGGCCAACUCUACAAUAGUGUCCCUAACCUCCCCCAACACACAGCUCAUUCCUUACCUCUUCACGUGUCCCCCGGUCAUCCCCACAGCGCCCCGUACGGCAACUUCCCGCCGGGUCCGCAGUCCCCCCAUUUCCCGUACUACUCCCCCAAUGGCUCCCCACCCUACGGCGCCACUUUCGGCUCGCCCCACCACAACUACCAGGGUAGCCCUUAUGGGGGGUCCUUCAACGGUCUUCACGCCCACAGCCCCUACUGGAACCCGCCACACACGCCGUACGGCCUACCUCUUCAUCUCUCUGCGCCCCCCUUCGGAGGUCCAUACAGUGGUCCAUAUUCAGGCCACCCCCCUGCCUUCCCGUAUCCUUCGGGUCACGAUCCCAUGGCUGCCGCAUCCCGUCCUCCCCCGGCCGUGUCUACUACUGAAAUGCAGCUCCGAAGAGUCCUUCAUGACAUCAGAGGAACUGUGCAGAACUUGGCUCAGAGUUCAUCGGAACACGGAGGAGAAAUUCCUACCGACUCCUUCAGUCCUCAGCAACCUGGCCAGGUUGAAAUGUCUCUCCAGGAGCUGGAGGCGAAGAGGAGGAGUCUGAAAGUGUUCCGCAGCCAGAUGAUGGAUCUAGAACUGUCCCUAAUGAAACAACAGGCACUAGUCUACCAGCACCUCAAUCACAGUGAGAGGCAGGAGGCAGAUCAGCUGCAGAGCCUGCGGUCUGCUGUGAGGCAGGAACUGCAGGAACUAGAGCUCCAGCUGGAGGAUCGGCUUUUGACCCUGAAUGAACAGUUCCGCUCCGUCAGCCACGGCAGCCUCUACCGCCACCGCAUGUACAUCCAGAGAGGUCACAGCAUGGACAGCCUGUCCAACAGUUCUGCUGUGAGAGCAAUGGAGCCGAUGUCGGACCUCCUUAGGGAGCAGCUGUACCUGCAGACAGAGCUGGGCUAUGAGGGUGGGGCCGAGGGCGGAGCUAGCAUGGCCGCCACCCCCAGCUCAGGCCGCUCCUCUAGGUCAGCAAGUCCAAUGAGGUCCUCUGGAGGUCACCGAGGACCCUCACAACCCCCCUUCCGAGACACCCAAAAGGCAGAAGUGUACCGGGCCACCAUCUCCCUCACCCCAGCCCUCCCUCCCAGGCCUGGCGCUUCCAAGGGGGUUCUUGAGGGCCAGUUCAAUCCUCAAGAUGACCAGGCCCCAGACCAAGUACACACAGGAAGGCAACAUCUGGAGGAGCCAGAUACAGGAGAGGACAAGGACAGUGGAGGAAGAGGAGCAGCUGUUGUCUCCCAUCUGACAGAGAGGCGCAGAGAGGAGGUCAGAGGAGUGGGAGCAGACAACCUCCAGCUGCACCUGCUCAUAAAGGAGAUGAAACAAAGCCUUGCUGAUGAGAUCAGGCAGGAGAUAGUCAGUGAGCUCCUGGCUGCUGUAUCACCACGACGAUCACCUGUGUUGACCAGAGACUACCCCGUUUGAGACUGUUGCAGAGUCUUUCAUCUGAGAUGACCACUGGUGAAGCUUGGUGAAAUCUACCUGACCUGACCACUGGUGAAGCCAUGCACUGAACACCCCCAGAACCCCCUUAACACUGUUUCGACUAUUUCCUGACAGUCUGAUAAUAAAAGAUUGUUAACACUGUUUUACCAUAUAAGUAGAGCUCUAUGUAUACGCUUUCUACGUAU